AUGCCGACAUAUGACUCCGUAUCUGAAAUGGAGUACUUGGAUAUGGUCAUUAGAGAAACUCUUCGCAUGUAUCCAAUUGCAACAUUUGUCAACAGCCGACAAAGUGAAAAAGACUUUCACAUUCAGGGUAUCGGGACAAUGCCUGCUGGUAUACAGAUUACUGCAGACGUGAAGAGUGUGCAUUACAAUCCAGAUUUGUGGGGCCCUGUCGAUCCACAUGUUUUCUACCCUGAACGAUUUGCAACGAGACGACAUCCAACGGCAUGGAUUCCAUUUGGAGCAGGACCACGCAUUUGUCUGGGUAUGCGUUUUGCUUUAUUCGAAAUGAAAAUAGUGUUAGCACGACUUCUCAAAACAUACUCAUUUGUCGAAUGUGGUGAUAAAACACGCAAACCAUUUGAACAACUGAAAGAAACUUUGGUAAUCGCAUCUAAAGAAACGAUUAUUCGUCUUCAGCGUAGAGAUGAACAUCAAGAAUAA